AUGGCCGAGACGGAGAGGAGCGAUGUCCAGAGCAUGCAAAAGAAAGAGGCGAUCGCGGCGGCGCAGGCCGCUUUGCUAGUGCAAAAGUCAUGCAGUAUGAUAAGAUUGACUGAAAACACCAACAGCAGUUCUGCAGCUUUCAACAACGUCAAGGACACUAUUAAUUACUUGGGCGCUGGAAAAAAAUGGUCGCGUUCUCCUCUUCACACGAACGAAAAGGUGCAGCCACAUAGGAGCGAACAGUCAUUGAAAGGGAAUAGUUGGGCGCCAGAGAACCUCGGAAAAAAUCGCGAUCAGGAGCGAACUGAGUGGAUGGCAGAGGCCCAGACGCCGGAGUGGGCAAGUUGGACGGGAAGUCCAGGGCCAGCCGUUCGCAUGACUUUCUCUCAUCCUCUUUCAAAUCACACUGAUAUUGGAGUGACGCCGCCUCAAACGAAGCGCAAGAAAUUCGAAUUUACCAUGGAAGAAUGUGAAGUUGCUGUCAUUUUAGCCAUUUACGAGAAACCUGACAUAUUCCACUCGCGUUUGUCCCAACGAAUCAUUGUGAGAGACCCAUUGGAUCAGCGAACAAACGUAAAAAUGUUCGCCUCUGCAAGUAGUGACAAGGAGACAAAAGCGGUGAACUCUUCCAGUCAGUUAAUAACGCAAAGAGCAACGAGUAAUAGUGUGACACUCACACUGCCAUCCAGUUCCAGAUGCAUUGGUAAAUUUAGCCGGUUGUGCCUUAAGGAAGCUGAAGGUGAAUUACAUUGUGAAGUACCUGAGGUAGAGUACAUCAAGGCAGACAAUCUUACAGUCAUCAAUCGACUACAGCCCAACACUUCGUACAUUUUAAAGACUGAAAAUGAGACAUUGGAGAAUUGCAGUGUGAGAAUUCACACAUGCCCAGGCGCGCUGGUGGCGGGAGCUGGCGGCCGAAGGUGCAAGCGCGGGCGCCGGAGAGGCCAGCGCGCAGCGAAGCGUGGGCGCGCGGCCUGGAUGAGCGGCCUGUGGGCGGCCGUGGGCGCCGUCGCGGGCCUCGCUUUCGUCACCGUCGUGGGCGUGUGCUACUUCGACAGAAGGUCAAAGUGGCGAGAUGCACAAAAGACGUGGGACAACACCACUGAUUUACCGGCGAGACCAGAAACUCUAGACGAUUUGCUGGCUCCAGACAUUGACGUUUUGAUUGAUUGUGAAAUCGCUCCAGAACACACACAACCAGCAACAGCAGCAGCAGCAGACCUUCCUACGCCAAUGUGAAUUCUGCUCUCGUCCCAGCGAGUUCCCUAGUGAUAAGGACGUAUUACGGGGCGGCUCCACAAACUGUUACCAGUUAUGUAUGCAUAAAUGAGAGAUCAAACUAAAUGUGACUUCUGUAUUGGUGUUUGUAUCCCCAAAGUAUUGUAGCUGAAGUACCUGGUGUUUCCAGAAACAUGGAAGAAAAAUAAUGUUCGCAAUACUACUUAUAGUGUAAAAUGAAAGUAUUGUUGUAAGGUCAAUCAGAUUCUUCUUUCGUCUGACGAUUUCCAAUUUUCUGCAUUCCAGUAAUAAGAGCUCUUAUUUUUUGAGUCGAAAAUAUCUCAAAAACGGUUAACAAACAUAUUCAAAUUAAAUUCAUUAAAAUAAAACUGAACAUAAUAAACAAAAGGAAUUUUUAUGUGAAAUAGAAUCUUAAGUGCCGUGCAUCAGUUAACUAGUGAAAAUGUAAAGAAACAUUUGGAGAUGUAUGGGGGAAAACAUCUUCAUAAGUUUCAUGCAAGUUACAUGUGCAUUAAUUUUGUUACUAAUCAGAAAUGGUAAAUAAUUUAACAUUAGGACCAGAGUACUAUAUAUCAGGUAGUAUGCAGAAAGGAAAUUCUGUCAUUUUUGGGACAAAAAUUACAUUUCUCCCGCUGACUUUAUUUGGAAUGUUGCUGACCAAAACAAGUUUGUAUUACGUACAAAAAUUUAUGUUAAAUAAAUUUUUUAAGUAAUAAAAUUAAUAAAAUUUUUGUAAGUAAAUAAAUUUAAUAAUAUGCCUCAGGUAGCAGAAUCGAAGAUAUUAGUUCCUAGUCAACUGUUACGUGUUUGUCACCUGCGGAACAAGAAAAUUGUUUUGUUUUCGCCUCUUUAGUCACAAGAAAAUCAAGACAAUUCAUCAUAUCUGCAAAUAAAAUUACCUUUCACAGUGAUUCUGCAGCAACAACUCAAGAAUAAUUUUUUUUGCAAAAAAUACUUUCUAGUACAGUCUGACAACAGUAAUGAUUCUUACGUUUGGAAUAAUUCUCACAACGUACCAUACUACAAAUAAAAAGUUCUGACAUUCUCACAUUUAGUUACUUGAAAUGUCUUACUAAAUAUUUGAUGUAUUUUUGUCAAUAAAAA